CUUGAACYAGCUCCCAAAUCAAAAUGAACAUUCAUCGACAUGAAGUACAUGUAACCGAUAAUGCAUGCGGUGAAUUCGAAAUCGUCGAGCGGGAACUAUUUUCGCCGCCGGUAAUCGCUCUGAAGAAACGUACACACAGUGGUGAGCGCCAUUCAAUCACUUCUAUCCCGGCUCAGAUUAUUACUCGAUCAAUUACGCCAGAGCUCUUUAUUCCUGCUUUUGACGAGGGUAGUAUUGAAAGUACCCAAGGAAAAAUAACUCAAGUCGUUGACAAACAGGUAAAUAUAUAACAAGAAUUAGUAGAUCGUGUUCUUUGCAUCUCUUUAUUUCACAAUGGAGUACUCUGACAGAGAUAUUGGAUUUGCAUCGUCAGAUCGAAACGCUUUACACAUCUCCUCCUUUGACUGCCUGCCCAGAAAAUCAUCAAGGAAACUAUAUCUGCAGCGAUUCUAACGAUCCAAAUGAAAUCUUUAGAACAAGAGAGCUAGUCAAAYCACUAUCACCCCUUUCAUCUUCCAGCUCUUCAAUAUCAAACUUUUCAACGACAUUCCCUUUAUCMCGAUCACAACAGAUCGAUGAUACAAUUGAGGAACUUAACGGGCGCCUGAAUUCUAUGCCCCCUCUUUCMAAUCMUUUGGAAAACCAUCAUUCGUUCACUGAGGUCAYUACCCCAUCGUUCACGUCUAUAACGGCUCAUGACACCACAGGSCAGAUUUCAAUCCGUAGACAAGUACCCGAUUCUUUUGUUGCUUCUGUUCACACCAACGACUCUUUGAAAGACAGAGAAAGAUCAGCAUUCUCGGCCGCUCUACCAUWCAUUCCACCAAUUGCAGGAUUUUUGGAGGACGAUAUAACGCCUCCCAACACUACUUUUUCGUUUCAAAUGCGCCCAACAAAACACGCUAUAAGGAACAAAGAGAACACGUUGAUUCUCCCCYCCUUUUCGUGAAGAUCGACGUGUCAAUACGCUUGGAUUACUAACAAUAGUAACAGUAGCAAUAGAGUAUUUUCUCCUUCCCAAUUGAAUGUGAGAAAGGGUAGCGAAUUUUAGCAUCAUAUUGUACUUUUUGUCCUUCUAGAUUGAUGGCACGAACUCUUACUAUAGGCAUUUGAG